AUGGCGGCGCGGGGCCGCGGGCCGCUGCUGGCGCUCUGGGUGCUGCUGGCGCUGGGCCCGUCCGCGGCGGCGGCCACGCUCAACAUCCCCAAGGUGCUGCUGCCCUUCACGCGGGCCACGCGCGUCAACUUCACGCUGGAGGCGACCGCCGGCUGCUACCGCUGGUCAUCGACCCGGCCGGAGGUGGCCAGCAUAGAGCCGCUGGGUCCCAGCGACCAACCGUGCUCCCAGAAGGCCGUGGUGCAGGCCCGCCUGACCCAGCCCGCCCGCCUGACCAGCAUCAUCUUCGCAGAGGACAUCACCACAGGCCAGGUGCUGCGCUGCGACGCCAUCGUCGACCUCAUCCACGGGAUCCAGAUCGUGUCCACCACCCGCGAGCUCUACCUCGAGGACUCCCCACUGGAGCUGAAGAUCCAGGCCCUGGACUCGGAAGGGAACACCUUCAGCACCCUGGCCGGGCUGGUCUUUGAGUGGACGAUCGUGACGGACACCGAGGCGGAGGGCUUCUCAGACUCCCACAAUGCACUGCGCAUCCUCAGCUUCUCGGAGUCCACGUACACACCCCCGUCCUACAUCUCCCAGAUGGAGAAGGCGGCCAAGCAGGGGGACACCAUCCUGGUGUCCGGCAUGAAGACCGGGAGCUCCAAGCUGAGGGCGCACAUCCAGGAGGCCGUCUACGGGAACGUCCGCCCGGCCGAGGUCCGGCUGCUGAUCCUGGAGAACAUCGUGCUGAGCCCCGCGUCCGACGUCUACCUGCUGGUGGGGACCUCCCUGCGCUACAGGGUGCAGAAGAUCAGGCAGGGGACCAUCACAGAGCUCUCGAUGCCCUCGGAUCAGUACGAGCUGCAGCUUCAGGACUGCGUCCCGGGCCCCGGAGGAGACGCUACUCGGCCUGUGGCUGUCCUGGCCCAGGAUACGUCCACUGUCACCGCGGUGCAGCUGGGACGGAGCAGCCUCGUCCUUGACUACCGGAGCAUCCGCAUGCAGGGCGCGACCAGGCUGCCCAACGGCACCAUCUACGUGGUGGAACCCGGGUACCUGGGGUUUGCAGUCCACCCUGGUGACAGGUGGGUCCUUGAGACUGGCCGCCUGUACGAGGUCACCAUCGAAGUGUUUGACAAGUCCGGCAACAAGGUCCACCUGUCUGACAACAUCCGGAUCGAAGCCGUGUUUCCCCACGAGUUCCUCGAGGUCCUCUCGUCGUCCCUGAACGGGUCGCACCAUCACGUCCGGGCAGUGCAGCGGGGCCAGGCCACCAUCCGUGGGGCGCUCACCUCCGUGGUGGACGAGGACGGAGGGGUGCACAUGCUCCCGGUGCCCGUGUGGAGCCAGCAGGAGGUGGACAUCCACGUCCCCAUCACCCUCCACCCCAGCAUCUUGACGUUCCCGUGGCAGCCCAAGACUGGCGCCUACCAGUACACCAUCCAGGCCCACGGGGGCAGCGGGAACUUUAGCUGGUCUUCCUCCAGCCACCUGGUGGCCACCGUCACCGUCAAGGGCGUGAUGACCACGGGCAGCGACACGGGCCUCAGUGUGGUCCGGGCGCAGGACGUCCAGAACCCCCUGCAUUUCGGUGAGAUGAAGGUGUAUGUGAUCGAGCCCAGCAGCAUGGACUUCGCCCCGUGCCGGGUGGAGGCUCGAGUGGGCCAGACCCUGGAGCUGCCCCUGAGGAUCAACGGCCUCAUGCCCAGUGGGGACAGCAAGGUGGUCACCCUCAGCGACUGCUCCCACUUCGACUUGACGGUGGAGGUGGAGAAGCGGGGCGUGUUCCAGCCCNUCCCAGGCCGUGGACCCGUCCUCCGUAGCUGUGGUCACCCUGGGCUCCUCAAAGGACAUGCUGUUUGAAGGAGGCCCCCGGCCCUGGGUCCUGGAGCCUGCCAGGUUCUUCCGGAACCUCACCUCUGAGGACGGGGACAGCAUCAGCCUGGCCCUCCUGGGCCCGCCCG